AUGCCACCAGCACCUCAAAUCCUUCCUGUGCCCAACCCCGUCCCCUCAUACUGGCUCACUCCCCCCUCCAAACACGCUCGCCUGCGCUCAACAUCCACGCUCCCUCAGUCAUGCACCAUCACCAUCAUCGGCUCGGGCAUGGCUGGCGUACUAACUGUGUACCACCUCCUGCAGUCCGCAAACCCACCUAGCAUUCUUCUCCUUGAAGCGCGAGACUUGUGUUCCGGCGCCACGGCGCGCAAUGGCGGACACGUCAAAAUCAAAACCGCAACGCUCGCUGGACUUUCGGGGAAUUCGGAGCGCAACGCGUUGCAGACGUAUGUCAGGCGCGUCAUGAGUGAUUUGGCGCGCAUAGUCGAGUCAGAGGGCAUGGGCGACGAGUGCGAGUUUGAAUUGCGCAAGUCGUGGGAUGUGUUUCUCGACGAAGAAGAAUUCGAGCGUAUUAAAGGCGUGUAUGACGAUGCGAAAGGCAAGGAAGAGGCGUGGACGGGGCAUGUGAGAUGUGUGGGGUCCGACAAUGCUGCGCGGGAAACGAGUAUCAAAGACGCGGUGGGUGCUUUCGAGAGUGAGAUCGCAAGUCUUUGGCCGUAUCGAUUCGUGACGGGACUGGUGGACAGGAUGCUGGUGCGGUAUCCGGAGCGCUUGAAUGUGCAGACCAAUACACCCGUCACCCACAUGGAAGAGAUUGCACAAGGGACUCUACUGACGACUCCGCGCGGCACGCUGACGACCGAGAAAGUCGUGUUCGCGACGAACGCCUGGACAGCCGGCUUACUCGACGCAUUCAAAGAUACCAUCACGCCAGUUAAAGGAAUGGCAUGCCACAUCCGUCCGUCUCGCCACGUCGACGUGCAUCUAAGCAACACGUACAACAUCCAUUUCGCGCCAGCGAGCAGUACGGGCGUCGACUAUCUCAAUCCGCGUCCUGACGGCGGUAUCGUGGUUGGUGGCGGAGCCUGGUUUUUCAAAGCGCAUGAAGCGCUCUGGAAAGGGAAUUUCGACGACUCGGUGCGGUUUGCGGCGGGUGUGGAGAGACAUUGGACGGGAGAAUACAUGCAGAAGACGUUUCAGGGGUGGGAGGAUAGUGCGGCGAGUCCGGAUUGUAUUUGGACGGGUAUUAUGGGAGUGACGAGGGACGGGAAGGCACAUAUUGGGCGGGUGCCGGGACGGACAAAGAAACAACACUGGAUGCUAGCGGGGUUUAAUGGUGGCGGCAUGUCGCUAAUCGCGACGGCUUCGCGCGCCGUGGCGAAGAUGGUGGUGGAGGAUCUGGAGUACGAGGACGUGAGUGCUGAGUUCGGCUUGAUUGAGGGAUGGGGUACUGAUGUGGAGAGAAUGGAAGAAGAUACUUCUUAG